CGUUCUCGUUAUGCCGUCGAGCUGGGAAACGGCUUCGAAAGGUAAGAGGAAAAAAGUAUAAAAGGGGGUGUUGUUGACGGCUUGAGCUUGUCUUCUUCUCUUUUCCUUUCUUUCAAACCAAUUCAAACUCCCAAAGUCCCAUCUAUCUUGAUUGCUUGCCUAUUCAGAAGAAACUUCUGCCAUUAUCCUUGUUUGUCAAGACUUUACCUUGCUCUUGAUUCACUUACAUAUACAUACACAUACACAUACACACACCACACACCGAACACAAACAAAGGACUCCCAGGAGUCUAGCACACAAGUUACAGACUCACACCCUGUCUUGCAAAUAUAUUGCAAACGAUUUGUCCCCGUCUUCCUUCUAAGACGUCCCACUGCCAUUACCAAUCAGACAUCAGUAGCCAUGUCCUCCUACAGCGCACAAUACUACACCCCCGCGGCGGUACCCAUUCCCAGCAAAGCGGAGCAGUACCAGCAGUACUACCAGAGCGGCGGCAGCAACUACUCCGUGUCGCCAUCCGAGGACGACCAGCGCGAGCGCGACGCCUCCGUCACAUCCGGUGUCCCUUCCUACGGCAACAGCAGCAAUGGCGCGAGCUACGCUACCAGCUACACCAGCGGCGACUACGGCGACGGCACCCAAAGCGGCGCCUCUGCCAAUGGCGUUGACUUCAACGACUACAUGCAAAACCGGUUCGAGGAGUCCUUCGACCCCAUCCCGCUAGACCGCAGUCUAGCUCGCCAGGCCCAGACUUCCGGCCAGCUUAACAACAAGCACCGCGAACUGCUAGAAAUGCAGGCGAAAGCACAAGCUCGCCUAGCCAAAUCCCGCGCCCGCUUCCAGCAGGGUCUAAACGACGCGCGGGAAGUUCAUGCCGAUCUAGAGUGGACAUCCAAGAAAGUAUCUAUUUUAGGAAACGGCGAAUUCACUAUCCUUAAGAAAUCGAGAAAAUCAGCUAACAGAUUGGUUUCACGCAGUUCGUUGAAGAAGAAGGUAGAGAAGCACCACGCCAAGGAAUACCAAAAGGCGUGUGGAUUAUAUCCCGCGCUCAAUUAAGUAUUUUCAAAGUUGGCUCUUUUUUGCGAUGCGCCAUUAGCGGAGAAAAACCGCAUGCGCAAAAUUGAGCCGCAUCGUGGGGCGUGUAUUCGAAUGCACGCCAUUUCCCGGCUCAGUAACCACAAGAGCCUCAAAAAGAAAGAGGAGUUUUAUACCUUACCCACGGGUUUUUUCUGCACAUGUCGU